GCACCUGAUUUUAAGGCCCAACUCAAAUACACGUCAACAAAACCGAACAUCCAUAUCAACGCCAUGGAUGUGCGUGAUUCAUUGUUAAGAGCCAUGGAUGGGCUGUUUAGUUCGGAAACAUGCACUCAAUAUCAAGCUCUGUCAACAAUCGAGCGGCUCAUGGCUCAGGAGUGCAUUUCCAGUAAGCCAUGCGCCGAGGGCUUCUGGAGAAUCCAGGACCUUCCGGAGUGUAACGUUGCAGUCCGGUUAUCUUUGCAUCUCGUAUACACAAUGCCCAUUCUUCGUCAAGCUCUGCAGUCGUACACUGGGUCGUCUCUAGAAGAAGCCAUCAGUGGUCUCUGCCAAAUUCUUACAAUUCUUCAGGGUGUGGCGCUCAACCAUCCGUCAAGUAAGAAAUAUUUACAAAGAAGAAUAUACAUUGGAACUGUGAUUGAGCUAUUAUCUGUUGCUCGCCAUAUAUCUCUACACCACGAUGCGGAAGUUCAGCCGAACGCAUCAGGAAGUGCCUCCACUUCGUCGAUGUCUGCCGCUCAGGAGAAGGGGAAUCAUACUAAUCGCCAACCCUUACGAUUUCCGCAUUUUGCUUCGUCAAUCUUGGAUACUUUGCUAUGCAUCUUGGUCGAUUCUCCACCUGCUCUGCGGUGCUUCGAAGAGUGCAAUGGCCUGGAGUCUGUCGUUAAAACGCUCAAACGUGCUGGAACUGACCGUGAACUCAGAGUCAAAUGCCUAGAAUUUUUAUAUUUCUAUCUACUUCCCGAAAACGGUCACUCUCAGCAAUUGCCACAAGAAGUGGGCCCUUCCAUUCCAACUCCCUCAUCCCCAUCGAAAAGAUGUGCCCCGGCCGACAUUCCCUUGCCCCCUUCGCCAGCGAAGCCCUCGUCCCAUAUCACUUUCGAUCGCAGUUUCCCGUCAACACCGUCAACUCCAUCCACGAGGGUUACAAGACUAGACACUCCUUCUACUAACAAAUCUUCUGUACGCCUUGAAUCGACGAAACAAAGUCACCCAAACCUUGCGAUUCUCCGCCGAGACCUGGAUUUUGUCCCGCUUAGUCCUAAGAAGAGGCAAAUUUCUGCACUAGGCAUCGGGACUCCAAAAUCUGCUGGCCUGAGCAGGCUACGACCAUCUCCUGAACCAAGCGACGCCGAAAGGAGCCCCACAAAGUCAUCCUUUUCCCAGGUUCGUAAAAGCAGCCCGCUUGCACGGAACGAGACAAUGUUCUCAUCGCCGAAGAUAACCAAUAACUUGGAUGAUGGGAUACCCCACAGCGCUACCACUCCUCCCCCCUCAUCGCCGACCAAGAGUAAAGGGCCUCCCAUCAGACACACUGAAGCGUCAAAAGGAAGCUUAAUACGCUCCACCGAAGAGAAGAAACUGCUUCUAUCAACGUGGCUAGGAAAUGUAGACGCCCUGGUAGAAGGGGUCCAACGCGCAGGGGUAUGGGGUUUAGAUUAAUAUUCCCUACUUUCUAGCACUACAUUAUCCCACCAACAACCCUGUCCACUCUGAUUCCCUAAUGAAACGUGUCAAUGUCCAUUGUUCCAUUGCUACUAAAGAUACAUGAUUGUGGUGGGAUAUGCAUGUGCAAGCAGGUAACACACGUCGAAGUACUAUACCCCUCCAAAAGCGAUGUACUUCACUUCCUGGUAUUCUUCGAUCCCAUGCGGCCCGCCUUCUCGGCCCAAUCCGGAUUCCUACGAACGGAUUGUCAGCUCGCACACUACACACUCCAGACUGGACCUACUUUCACGCCGCCAAACGGAAUGACGGCACUUGAGAUGAGACCGGUAUUCGUCCCAAUCAUUCCACAUUCGAGAGCCUCCGCCACUCUCCAAACCCUACCGACAUCCCUCGAGUAUAAGUACCCAGCG